AUGAAACCUGGGGCACGAUCCUGCCUGCCCUCCACGCUUCAUUCUGUCGGCGCCGCCAGGUGUGAGCUGAGAGUCCACUGCCCGCCGGCGCGGCUGCCAGUCGUCAUCCGUUAGCCACAGCCGCUCUCACUCCGCUCCCGCGCGCACUGCUUCCGGCCGCGCGUCCGUCUGCCAGGGCCGCGUGCGUUGGUCCAUUCGCGGUCUUAUCCUGAUCCUGCCGGCCUCUGACUCGGAGUGAUCACACCCAUCUGGCCCCUCCCAGGACGUCUCUGCUUCAUGACCCGGGCAAUCCGUGCUAAGACCAGGAGUCCCGAUCCACCUCAGACUUGAACUCUUGAAGCCUGUGUUGGCUCCCUGCAGCCUGAAUUACCUGUACUUCCUCAAUCCCAAAUAAAGUUCUGAUCGCUUUCAGAGGCAGUGAACGGUCCAGCAACCGGAGAUGCCAGUUCUUACGCUUUUUAGGAGGAGCCUUGGAAAAUUCUGUUUCACCUUUCACAAUACCUUGGAGGCCCAGAGAAUUGAAGAGGCAUUGUUGUGGUAACUGGAAAAGCAAAAUGGGGUGCAAAGUAAUCCUCAACAUUGGCCAGCAGAUGUUGCGACGGAAGGUGGUGGACUGCAGCCGGGAAGAAAGCCGGCUCUCUCGAUGCUUGAACACAUUUGACUUGGUGGCGCUCGGGGUGGGCAGCACGCUGGGCGCUGGUGUCUAUGUCCUGGCCGGAGCAGUGGCCCGAGUGGACGCCGGCCCCGCCAUCGUCAUCUCCUUCCUGAUCGCCGCGCUGGCUUCUGUGCUGGCAGGUCUCUGCUACGGCGAGUUUGGCGCUCGGGUCCCCAAGACGGGCUCGGCCUACCUCUACAGCUAUGUCACCGUCGGGGAGCUCUGGGCCUUCAUCACGGGCUGGAACUUAAUCCUCUCCUACAUCAUCGGUACUUCGAGCGUUGCGAGGGCCUGGAGUGCCACGUUUGACGAGCUGAUAGGCAAACCCAUAGGGGAGUUCUCCAAGACGCACAUGGCCCUGCACGCGCCUGGGGUGCUGGCAGAAAACCCAGACAUAUUUGCCGUGAUUAUAAUUCUUAUCUUAACAGGGCUUUUAACUCUUGGUGUGAAAGAGUCGGCCAUGGUCAACAAAGUAUUCACUUGUGUGAAUGUUCUGGUCCUGGGCUUCAUAAUGGUGUCAGGAUUUGUGAAGGGAUCAAUUAAAAACUGGCAUCUCACUGAGGAGGACUUCCGGAACUACUCCGGACACCACUGCUUCAACAAUAACACUCAAUUCGGAAGUGGUGGAUUCAUGCCCUUUGGAUUCUCCGGCGUCCUGUCAGGAGCAGCGACCUGCUUCUAUGCCUUUGUGGGCUUUGACUGCAUUGCCACAACAGGUGAAGAAGUCAAGAACCCCCAGAAGGCGAUCCCUAUAGGGAUCGUGGCGUCCCUCUUGAUCUGCUUCGUUGCUUACUUUGGGGUGUCAGCUGCCCUCACGCUCAUGAUGCCAUACUUCUGCCUGGACAAGAACAGCCCUCUGCCGGAUGCCUUCAAGCAUGUGGGCUGGGAAGGCGCUAAGUAUGCAGUGGCUGUUGGUUCACUCUGCGCUCUUUCUACCAGUCUCUUAGGUUCUAUGUUUCCCAUGCCUCGAGUUAUCUAUGCCAUGGCCGAAGAUGGACUGCUAUUUAAAUUUUUAGCCAAAAUCAAUGAGAGGACCAAAACACCUAUCAUCGCCACAUUGACCUCUGGUGCCAUUGCUGCUGUGAUGGCCUUCCUCUUUGACCUGAAGGACCUUGUGGACCUCAUGUCCAUUGGCACGCUCCUGGCUUACUCUUUGGUGGCUGCCUGUGUGUUGGUCUUGCGGUAUCAGCCAGAGCAGCCUAAUCUGGUAUACCAGAUGGCCAGAACUAUGGAUGAGCUAGAUCAAGUAGACCAGAAUGAACUGGUGAGCACCAGUGAUUCCCAGACAGGCUUUUUACCAGAAGCAGAGAGAUUUUCUUUUAAAAACAUGCUUUCACCCAAAAACAUGGAACCUUCUAAAUUUUCUGGGCUAAUUGUGAACAUUUCAACUAGUCUCAUAGCAUUGCUUAUCAUCACCUUCUGUAUCGUGGCUGUACUUGGAAAGGAGGCCCUGAUCAAAGCGGAGUUGUGGGCCAUCUUGUUGCUCACGGGAUCUGCGCUUCUCUGCUCUGUGGUCACGGCCAUCAUCUGGAGGCAGCCUGAGAGCAAGACCAAGCUGUCAUUCAAGGUGCCCUUUCUGCCGGUGCUUCCUGUCCUGAGCAUCUUUGUGAACGUCUAUCUCAUGAUGCAACUGGACCAAGGCACAUGGAUUCGGUUUGCGGUGUGGAUGCUGAUAGGCUUCACCAUCUACUUUGGCUAUGGUCUGUGGCACAGUGUGGAGGCAUCCCUGGCCGCUGACCAAGCAAGGACUCCUGACGGCAAUUUGGACCACUGCAAAUGACACAGAGCCGCACCCCCCAGAAGUGGCAGCAGCCCUGAGGGAUGCCCCAGGGUGGCACGGAAGCACCUUUCUCUCCACCCGUGCAGCAGGAGCCACCCACAUCCACAGAGCCCCGAUGCAACAGAAGGUGCAACUACUUGAACUGCAGUCUCAGCCCACAGUCACAUGUCCGGCCCGAACUCGCUCUGCGGGGGCUCACAGGCUCCGGCUGCCCCUAGCUCCCUGGCUGGGACUGUGAUGGGCCACUGUGUCGCCAACUUCCCUUUAAACCAAGAAAGCAGCUCUGCCCCUCCUCGCCAGCUCAGUGCCUCUCUGCCUGCUGAGGCCUCAGGCAGAAAGGAGGUCACCUUCUUUUCUUACCUUGGGAACCCUGGCUUCCCUUUCACGGGGCUAUGCAGCUCUGCACCCCCCCCCCCUCCAGCCCCAGGACUGUUUGGGUACUGGAAAUGUGCAUACUCCACACUUAACGUAGCCUCGCCCCGCUCAGCCCCAAACAGCAGACUCUAGAUGCGUACCACGAAACUAGUCUUAUUUCCUGAAGUUCUACCCAGAGCCAAAGGACAGCAAUUUGCUUGACGAAAAGGAAAACAAAACUGGCUUUGUGCUCUCCUGCCCUCUGAGUUGUUAGGGGGGUUAGAAUGGUCUCCCCCCACGCUGCUCCCCUUUCCCUUUGCUCCUUGGCCUCAGCACAGUCUGGCAGCAGCAGGAGGAGAGGGCGCGCUCUGUGGCGCCAGGCCCGAGGCCUGGGAGACUGGGCCUGAACGCCGCGUGUGCCUCACGCCCUUGCCACCGUGUCACCUCCUGGCCCAUCGGGUGUUGCUGCUUCUGGCCUCUCACCACUGGCUGUGUCCUGCCUAACUGGAACGUGACGACGUAUUUAUGAAGGGCCGGCCUCACAUUAGCAGGACUUAGAAUGCCUUCUGAGUCUUUCUCUUUCAUGAAAUUCUGCCUUCUGAUGCUUGUAGGUCAGUUUCCUGGGUCUUCUAAGAUUUCAGGGCAGGUGUCCACCUGUUCUGAGGUCAUAAUGGCAGGUCCUCAUGGUCAUUCUGACCCAUGACAUGCCAUCUGUGACCCCGUCUUCUCUGUGAUCCAGUCAAGUCCUGUUAGUGGUUGUGACUCACCCCAUCAAAUUAAGUGGCACUUAACAUUGUUCACUUGGAAAGUGGACAAAUAGGCACCGCAUGGUAUUGGUGUUUUGCUCAAGGUGUGGGGCCCACACCCAAGACAACUUGGGGUCAUAUUGCUUUCUCUCCCAUGUAUUUUGUCAAAAUGCUGCAAAUUUGUAGACGGGCGAAACUCACCCUGCCCUCCUGCUGCCCUCAGCCCUGCGGCUGACCCGGUGUCCCGUGCACAGCACACUCCUGCCCCUGGUGCCGGGGCACCCGCGGCUGUCACACACUCCUGGGGCGGGGGUGGGAGGGGGCAGAGGAAACUAGAGCAGCUGUUACGUCUUCCAGUUAGUGUCGUUCAGGAGACAGGAGGGCCCCGUGCUGAAGGUAGGUGAGAGACGCAGAUAUUUCGGGCUGCAGAAAAUACAAAUGCUGCUUUAAAGCUUAGCUACCCAUUUCGUCCCCCUGUGGCUUUACACAAAUCUGGUCAAAGAAGCUUGAUGAGUGGACAGCACUUGCCCUCCCUCUGCAUCAGGCUGUUCUUGGAGAGAAAGGCAGGGAUGAGUGGGAGAACCAAAAGGUUGGGUUCAUCCUCUGGAGGGGGGGAAGGGCUCAGCUUUUGUCCCAGACCAUGGUCACCUUGCCAGAAACUUCUAAUAUUUGUGAAUGUUUCAGAGGGAGGAUCAUCAGAGCCCAAAGCUUGGAUUUCCAAAGAAAGGUAUUGAAAUUUAUAUUGAUUGGUGCUGUAAAAUAUUUUGAUAAAUAUUAACUUAUUUUGUUGGGUUUUAGCUCUCUGCUGUUUUCUUGGGCUGUCUUCUCUGAGCUGUUUACUUGAUGUUUCUGUUAUUUUUCCACAUCCACAAAGAGAACUUGAGUGGGGUUCCAGAAAUAGUGGAGGGGAAGUUACCCCCCCGACCCCCCACCCCACUUUCUCCGUCUGCCUGAAAUCUCUGUGUGAGACAGCAUCCAAGAGAUUGUGUUUACAGUUGACGUUUCAUUCUCUCCGCGUCUGUCGUUCUGUGAGGGGAAAGGCGACUUUCCCUCUACAGUGUUUCGCAGAACGAGUCUAUCCUUGCUGGCCUCGGCCCAAAGCCUUGCUGGGCUGCGCUGGAGGCAUGACCCUGGUGACUGGAGAAGGCCCGGCAGGGGCGGAGGACAGGUGGGGAAGGACAGGCAGUUGGGUGGUCGCCGGGCCCUUGUUGAAACAGCUUCUGUGCAGUGGCCGCGUUUCUGAGUGGAGGGCAGUGCUGGAAGGAAGGGUGCUCACGGGGAUCCCCACAGUGUCAGUGAGCUGCUGCUUAAGAUGCCCUUCGCUCCUGCCACCCACACCCACCCAAAGUACCCACCGGCAUCACUCCGACCUCAUCCCAUCUCAUAACUCCAACCUCACCCCCACCCUCAAAACAAGAAUCAGGCUCUCAGUUUCAUGACUUGGCCAAUAUUUUCCUACAAUGUCAGAAAUUCCACGUUUCUAGAGACACGCCCCUGGAGGAUGGUGUCUGCUCCUAUCUGCCUUGGCGCCAGGGACUCACAGUGGAGAGACCCCCUGGUGGUGAGUGGGCCUCCCCGCCCGCCUCCGGUCAUGCCUGCCCUUCGUGUUUCCAUGAUCGCAUAAAAACCCACAAAGCAAACGAGAACCCCUGGGACACCAGAGGACCCCUGGGGCCCCCUGAAAUGCAAGAGGUAGGGUGUUUUCCAGGAAAGCUGAUGGGUAGUGGGCAGGUGAGACUUGGUGCCCUUCUACAAGGGGCCUCGGCACAUCCCACAUCACUUGUUCUUACCCUUCAUCCCAACGUUGUUUUCCCAAACCAAGGGAAGGCUGAUGGAGCAUCUUUCCCAGGGCAUUUCAGAAAGAAUGCGAAACUUUGACCUCUGGCAGUCACCACAUCUCCCCCUUCCCCACUUAGGGUUUGUUUCAUUAAGUGUCCGGUGAUACCUGGUCUGACGCUCAUACCGUGGUUUGGACACGGGCCCUCUUGCCUGUGGUGCGCCCCUGAUGGUCAGCUCGUGGGCUGUCCCGGGCCCCCAGAUCCUGACACACCCGCUCUACACCUUGGGCACAGCCUCUUCUCCCUGGAUGAAGUGCGCCACCCAGCGGACUCUGGACGCCCGUCUUCUGAGCUGGGUGGGAAGGGCAUUCCGUGGGAUCUUCUUCUGACCCCACUAUGGCGUUCAGACCGGGUUUUACCUUCCUGCGUGGCAUGGCCUCCCGCCAGACAAUGGAGACAGAACUGACUGCAGGUGGCAGGCUGGCUCCUCAGGUGAGCGUGGACACGCCUCCACGACCUCACCCCCCCAACCUGGAGAGUUCAUAGGAACUUGGAGGCCUUGACACGAGGGAAUACCUGGUGCUAUGCACCAGGACCCACCUUUCCUGAUGUGUACAUCCCAUUUCUACAUGUCUGUCAGCUGAGGGUUCUGUUGACGCCCGAGAACCGCGUGAGGGGCCGCACGCCAGGCCCGCCUCGGUGUGACUGUGUGGAGAGGCGUGUUGACCGGCUCGGCCGCACUCGUGCGUGUGGGGUGUGAUGUCAGCAGAACCAUCAGCAUGAACUUCGUUGGAACUAAAUAUGUAUGUGUUACGGAACAAAAUGCGUGUUACUUAGACUGGCUAUGUGUAAUUUAAAGUAUAUGUUUGUCAUCACAAUGAGGGUAUUGUACGUCACACUCCUUGUGGAGAGAAGACAGGGUGCUGUUACCACCUGUUUUGGCAAUGAAAUGCUUUAUUGAUCCCGUGGCAUGAGAAGCUACAUCCCGUACUUCAUCACGGUAAUAAUGAUGCUGGAUGGAGUUUUAAGGCAAAAAACACAAAACAAAAACCUCCAGAGUCCCUGGGGCCCCUCUGGUCACCAAGCAGCAGUGUUCUCUUUCACAGGGAUGCCCACCCUUCACGUGCCUGGGGCACAGUUGGCAGCAGCACGCCAGCACCCCUCGACUGCCCUGAAGACCCCCAGGGAGAUGAGACUGUGGCUGUAAAGUCCAGGGGAUUCUCUCAGCCUCGGCCUGUCUGGCUGGCUUGGGAAGCAGGGCUAGGAAGACACGUUCAGUCUUUGACAAAGUGUAUGAUUUCGUCUCUCUAGAUGACAAGGUUUUUAAGUUUGGGACUUAUUUUCCCAUGAGAAGUUGUAAUAUAUAUUUAAGUUUCCUGCUUAAGUUGUGCCUUUCAAUGUCCAUGGGUUGAAGGAACACAAGGUGCAAGGCCCCUACGAGGGCUGGUUCAUGGUCAAGCCUGGAGAACUGUGGGGUCGCCAGUAAACUUUCUUCUACUGAACUUGAAGCCAUUUGUUAAGAGUUUUUUAUUAUGUAAAUUGUAUAGUAUCUUUUGCUUGUUUGAUGUUCUAUUUUUCUAAUAGUUUUCUUAUAGUUUCUUAUAAUUGUGAUACUAUGAUUCUGAUGCUAGAUACAAAUCAGGUUGGUCUCUGCUGCUCCCUCCUGUUUUUAUUUUAAAGACGAGCAUAACUAUUCUCCAUUGCCUUUAAAAAAUGUGAAACCUCUGUAUCCCAUUUUUGCAGCUAACACUGUACAUUGACAACUUCCUCCCAUACCCUAUGUUGUAAAAUCAAACUAUUUUGUGGUACAUUAUCUGAUGCUUCCGCAAAGUCUAAUAAAUUUGUCUGUGGCUUCAGUA